CGUCAGCUCCCUAGCAACACGCCUCCUGUGUCGGGAAUGGGUUCUUUCAGUGCAGCGGGUUUGUGCAUUUGAGAAAGAAGAGGAAGACUCAUGAAAUUAAUUGGAGACUUAAGUUGAUGAGAAUGAAUUAUCUUCCGCAGUACGAAUUAAAUCGGCGUGCUGCCUUUUAUAUGAAAAAUGAGAAAAAGCAGGUUGUGUAGAGGAGUUAUACUGGACCCUGACGCCCCGAUAAAACGAGGGAUGCUCACCUUCCAACCAACUGGCUGCAUCAUCAAAGGGUUCUCGAGCAGCAUGGCUGCUCAAACCACACACGGGUAUAGAGUGGACACUUGGAGAAUCAAAGGAACCAGCAGGACGAUUUAGAAAAUAAAACCAAUGAAGGAAAGAAGACAAAGCCAGAAACUAUUUAAUACAUCCGGGAUGGAUCCUAACCAGAGUGUGAAGUGUAAAAUAGUAGUGGUGGGAGAUAGCCAGUGUGGAAAAACUGCUUUACUUCACGUGUUUGCUAAGGACUGCUUUCCUGAGAACUACGUCCCUACAGUGUUUGAGAAUUACACAGCCAGUUUUGAAAUCGACACUCAGAGAAUUGAACUGAGUCUCUGGGACACUUCAGGGUCCCCUUACUAUGACAACGUGCGGCCUCUCUCCUACCCGGACUCUGAUGCUGUUCUCAUUUGCUUUGAUAUAAGCAGGCCCGAAACCCUUGACAGUGUCUUAAAGAAGUGGAAGGGUGAGAUCCAAGAGUUUUGUCCUAAUACUAAAAUGUUACUAGUGGGAUGCAAGUCCGAUCUCCGCACCGCUCUCAGCACGCUAGUAGAGCUGUCCAAUCACAGACAAACACCAGUAUCGUACGAUCAGGGUUCCAACAUGGCCAAGCAGAUUGGAGCACCAUACAUAGAGUGUUCAUCUUUGCAGUCAGAGAACAGCGUAAGGGACAUUUUUCAUGUGGCCACCCUGGCAUGUGUAAACAAAAUGAACAAAAAUGUCAAACGCAACAAGUCAACAAGGGCAACCAAGAGAAUUUCACACAUGCCUAGCAGGCCAGAUCUUUCCGCAGUCACCUCAGAAUUGAGGAAGGACAAAGCAAAGAGCUGCACAGUAAUGUGAGGAAUCUGAACUGGAGGGACGGAAUGCCAAUACUUUUAUGGACAAGAAAGGCGGCUGGUGAAGAUUCAACGAGGUGCACUGCCCCACAGAUGUGAAACAAGGGCUCUGUCAGCACUUUAAAGGAUUUUCUUCACCCUUGGUUGUGGUUUUUAUUUAUAUGCUUUACAACCAGAGCAGAGCACUGGAAUUAAGGGUGUAAUUGAAGCAAAAAAAAAAGUGUCUUCACUGUUUCUGGGGGGAAAAAAAAAGCCAAAUACAAACAGAGAAAAAAACCUUAAGGUCUCAAAACUAAAUAUAAAGUUAUAUGAACUCUAAAUAGUCAUUUAUAAUUCACUCCAAAUGUAUUUGCCUUUUUACUUGAGCAGUCAUAUCUGACCCAAUUUCCUCCAUCAACAGGAAAUGACCUCAUUCUGUUCUAGCUUCUGGAAGUGACAUCUUGACAGUUUGGGAGUUUAGCAGGAAAAUGUCAGUACUGCCAAUUUCUUCAGGAAAAGGAUUGAUAUUCUCUAAGCAGCAUAGCUUCCUGAAGGAAAUGUGAAAAGCACAACCUUUUUGAUGUUGCUUCAUCUCUCUCCUAAUGGGAUGAUUCCUCACCGAUCUAAAAACAUACCGUAGGCUGCUGUGCUCUUCAACAAAAUGGAUUUCAUGUGCAGGUUCUGCAGCCCAGUGGUGCAGGACGCAUGGCAACAGAUGCCAAAUAGCAGAACAUCACUGUGGUUUAAUCCAGUUUAAGACCGCGUUUGUGUUUAGUUGGCUUAUUAAGUAUUUGCUCUGUAUUGAAAUUCAUUUUGCACCAUCACAAAAUGUCUGAAAGCAAAUCGAUACCCAAAGAGUUUUCAGGAUUAAAUUCUACAGGGUAGUACCGUGGGUGCAUAUUUGCAGACAUAUCCAAUCCCAUUGCUCAAGUCAUUCAGCAUUGCUUUCAUUUGCCUAUAUACAAACGGGUGAUCGUUCCUAGUACAGCAGUACUAGACAGCAAGAAGUUGCCCAAGUAUAGUCAAUACAUUUUCAUAAUGUUUAAGGUAUGGCACUAUAACUAUUUAUCUGAAUUCCUUUAUAAACUUCGCAAGGACUAAAGAAUCCUUUGCACCUGGUGGCCUGACAUUUUAUUUCUUAUAUAACGGUUUCCUCGGCUAUGCAACGGUAGCAUAUCGGUAUGGCUCAGUAGUUUGACAAAACAAAUGUAUCGUCUUUAACUCUAUUGGUUGAAGGGCACAGCAGCCUAAAAAGAAAACCGUAAUACUUCAUUUAUGAAGGGUUUUAUUUGGGAUUAUCUGAAUAAGAAGCAUAGACCGGGUACUGAAUACAAAACAGCCCCACAAUAUUCAACAUGUAACAAUUCUCAUAGUUGCACUUUGUUUUGUUUUGCAAGAGGAACAAUAUCGUUCCUGUAUUUAUAAUACCCCACUUAACUUUCUAUGCUUUCAGAUUGCUGCAUCAGUAUCCUUAAGGGCAGUAUUAUAAACUAGCUGGCAAGUGCUUUCUGUAUUUAAAUGUAAAGAAGAAAAAAUUAAGUUAUAUAUAAAAAAAAAAAAAAAAAAACCAUUCAGCAUCACUUUUUUGAAUGUUGAAGUCCAUUUGUAAGUGUUUUGUUGAUGUUUCUGCAGUAUUUAUUGAAGUAUAAUUUUUUUUCCCCUUUUGAAAUAAAUACAAAAACAAACUAUACAUUCUUCUUUCAGUGAGGUUUAUUGUAUGAAAUGUUGUAAAGAUAUAGAAAUGGUAAAACACAGUACAUCAGUUAAAGUAUGGUAAACUGCAGGACUAAUGUACUAGCAUUCACUAAAGCUGACACAUGAGCAUUCAGUGGGAUUUGCAUACAGCCCUCACUUUUCCUUGGAAAAGAUUUGUGGUAACCCAGAAUUAUAAUUAAAAACACAUUUAAUUUGGAAAUGUACUUUAAUCAACAAAAAUGUUAACAGUUAGGAAGUGAAGAUACUCCGGACAAACAAAACCAAAAAAUUACAAUCGAAAGAUGUGUCUUUUGAGAGAAGAUGGUGGAGAAUAUGUACAGUAUAAAAAUAAUACAGACCUGGUAAGGGCCAUUUACAGUAUAAAAUAGACUUGGUAAGGGCCUUUUACUUCUGGAAAGUUCUUAUAUUUUCCUAUAUAUAUAUAUAUAAUAUAAUGGGUCUGUUCUUGAUUAUAACAUUCUUAUUAGCCUUGAGAGCCAUAACCAGUUUUGGAAUGUAAGAGGUCAUUCUGAGGAAAUAAUAUUUGAUGUGGCAUUAAAGGAUCUCUGUUUCGCUGCUUUUAUGGGCUGUGUUUAGGUAAGGAUUUCUUAAGAACUGCAAUGCGUCGAACUCUAAUAACAAGGGGGGGAACAGACAGCAGUAAUUUCACAGCCUUAAAAAUAACAUCGUUCUAAAAGAAUCUCAUCAUACAUUCAAUCAGGGAUCAGAAACAUUUACACUUUGAUAAUUCUUGGAACCAUUAAAAUACAUUUAAUCUUAGUCAUUAUUUUUCUUUUAGCUGAUACAUUUGGGUUAUUUAUCUGAUGCUCAAACAUAUCCCAGAUACUCUUGUCCAGACUAUUCCAUGCCAUAGGGGCGCUACUUGCUAAAAACUGGCAAUAAGUUGACUGGAGCUUUUCUUGAAUUAAUAUAAAUACCAAAUAGCUCCACAUUGAACGGUAUGCCAGUUUCAUGCCAGUGACAGAUGAAACCAGUGUGUCUUCAAGCAACUCUGGCCUGUUUACCCUGAGUACGCCUUGUUUAAGUCAGGCCAGGUCUUCACACUUGAUUAUACAGCAAGCUUUCUGAGCAUUACUCACACCUGAUCAAAUAAUGUCCUGGAUUCAUUCAUUAAACUGGGAUUACAGCGAUGCCUAUCUAUGGUUCAUAAUAUGGCCUACCAGCAUGAUUCUUGUCAUGUCAUCUACUGUGGUAUACCGUGGAAUACAAGUAGACAUAGUAAAAGCACCUUUACCAUUUAAACCUUUAUAGUUCUAUGGACAUUUUAAAUGGGGAGUUUCAGCUUAUUCUGGCUGCAUUGCAAUUUAUUACCUUUUGUGUGACCAAAAAUAAUAAAAUAAGGAAAGCAAUUUGUUUAAAUAAAAAUACAUUCAUGAUACUAUUUAUACAUUUUUCCAUUAUACAACGCACCAUGCAACACAAGGGCAAAGGUGUAGUAAAGCAUUGUGAAAGCAUUGGAAAGCACAGCGAAGCAUAGCAAAAGCAAAUUAACGUGUGAAAUUACCAGGAUAAUACCUUGAAAGACCAUGAAUACAUUUAGAAAGCUAACUGAGCAUGCUAAGAUUAUACAUUUAGUGGCAAUUAUGAUUGAGUUUUAUAAUUACUGCUAUGCAAAAAGACCCCAUGAAGCCGGAAAAUGACCAGAUAAGCAUUUGACUCUUUAUUCACAAAUGACAUGUUAACAUGUGAAAGCCAUAAACCUGAAGAACGACAGCAGGGGCACGUAAUGUAUAAAAUAAUAAAAUAAAAUAAAAUAAAAUACUACAAGAAGGAAAAAUUGUAUAUUCUGUGUAAUGCUUUCCUAACUGAAACAUAAACGUUUUAUCAUUAAUAUUAUUUCGAUUUAAGAAAAAACAUACUUUAUUCUCUGGUUUUACUUUUUUCUUUUAUUUUCGACAUGUUUCAUACAAAGAAAUAAAUAAAUUUUGUAUUGCUAAUGAGGAAUAAUAUAUUCCACAAUUAUAUUAACCAUCAUAUGCUUUCAUCACAUAAUUGCCUGCACUGUAGAUCAAAGAUCACAGUACCUCACUGUCUCUGUACUGUGCAUGUAGCAUCUAUGUCACGAUGUACGUUAGGUGGGUACAGAUGUUUUGACAGUUUUUUAAAACUGUAUAAACUGGUAACAAAAAAUCAAGCACAUGAGCAUAAAUAAAGGUUCCCACUGAAUCAUUGAAUUAUUGUACCAAUCAAUAUGUGAAUAAAAGCCUUCAUACACUCAA